UUCGAUUUAUACUCUCUUUAAUGAAAAUUUAAUUAAUUCCAGAUAAAGGUAAUUGUAACAAAAAACUAUUAUUAACAUACAUAUGAAGUUAGGUACCUGCAAUAUUAAAUUUUUUACUUUAUAUUUGUAAAUAAAUCUACCAGUAUUUUUAAAUAGUUAAGUGAAUUUAGUACAAGGAAAACAAUGAAUCCAAGGAAUAAACGGCGCCGGCGCUAUCUUCAUUUGCUUGACCUUUUGUGGUACCUAAUAUCAGAAAGAUCACUACCACACUAAUGAAAUAGUGUCCAAUACAAAAAUUAUUCUUUUUCUAACAAGUAAUCUUACCAUAUACAUGUAUAUUUGAAAGAAUCCGCAUUUCAAAAGAUAUAAUUCGUUUAUUGGCACAGAUGAGUGCAAAAUUCCGAUUUACACGGUAAAACCAUAAAAGAUAAUUAGUCACACGUGUGUUUUACUAGAAAACUUAUUACACAGUUUACCACGCCCUUUAUAUUAUAAAUUAGUCAGUGAUUAAAAUGUAUUGUAAAAAAACUAACCCGGCGCUUGUGAUAGUGCCCAGAUUCUUAGUUAAGCCCAUGAGGUUAUCGCCGAUAAUUACAAUUUUAAAAACAGCGUAACAACGAACGGCGGCAACUAUUUAAUUAAUUAAAUUACAAAAUAUUGUAUGUGAAUUAUUGUUAAAAACUGGUAUGUCUACAAUUAAACCGAGAUAAAUGAAACAUGUGGAAUGUGUUUCAUGACGUUGUACUUGUUUUGUUAGUGUGUGCGACGAUUGCUUCAGAUGAUAAUUAUUUCGAAAAUAACUGGCGUCUAAAUGAACAGUUAGCCUCUAAUUUUAAAUGCAAACACCCACAACCUAGGGCAAUAAGGAUGGAAAAUAUAAUUAAAGAUAGUGAUCCCGCCUACGACACAACUUCGAAGGUGUUUCAUCCUGUAAUGACGGUUCUGCACAGAUGUGAUGAACAGUCCGGUUGCUGUCAACAUCCGAAAACAUCGUGUUUCCCCCAUGUAAUAGAAACAAUUAAUAUAACAUUUAGAGUAUUUAACACUGCAAAGUCGAGAGAGAAUGAAGACUUAUAUGCUACGUUCGAAGUUGAAAACCAUACCAGCUGUUUAUGUCAAUCGAUAUACAACUCGAUUAAAUGAUUUACUGCUACAGCACCACUUUUUGUCGUAUUAAGUAUUUAUUUAAAUCUUUAUGUGUAAGUUUUAUAAUAAAUGGUUAACAUUUUUAAGAAUACUUUUGUAUUAACAAAACAGUAUUCUAGAAAAUCCAAUUAUAGGUAAAUAAUUUAUUACAAUCUUUCAUUUAAAUUAGGCGUAAUCAAACCAACAAUACAUCUUUAAUACAUUAACAUAACAUUUUCUUGAAGACAAUGGUCAUUCUUUCUAUUUGAUAAAUAAUUUAGUACAACUUGAUUCUUUUAAUGUAAUGAAAAACGACCAAUUUAACAUAAAUUAAUAACUGAAUUUUGCAUC